AACAACUGCGUCGGCAAUGGCGACAGCAACAGCUACAAUGCCACUGCCACUGGAUAGCUGCAAAAUGGACAAAGCCAAUGGGAACAUCAAAAGCAGCAACAAUGGUCAAACGGACAAACUGUCUGUGUCCAAACUGCUGCUGCCCGCACUCAAGUCCGCCACAAAGGAUGCAACAGGCCAACAGUCGCUGUCGCAGCCGCAUCGGAGGCAACAGCAAUUCACGCCCCUCUCCGUUUUGGAUGCGGCGAGCAAUACGAGCUUCAGUUCCGCAUCGGUCGCCAGUUCCAUACAGGAUGACAUGCAGUCGACACCCACGCAGCAGCAGCAGCAGCAGCAGCAGCAACAACAGCAAUCGCUGCAACAGCAACAGUCGCUACAGCAUCUGGAUCAAUGCGGACUGACACAGGCGGGCCUGGAGGAGUAUAAUAUACGCUCUUCAUCCUACUACGAUCAGACAACGUUCCAUCAUCAGAAGCAGGCCUCGUAUGCACAAUCCGAGGGCUAUCACAGCUAUGUGUCCAGCUCGGAUUCAACAUCGGCGACACCGUUCCUUGACAAAUUACGUCAGGAGGGCGAUCUACUGUCCCGCCCGUCGCAUAACUGGUCUGAGAAUGAUCUCUCUUCAAUUUGCAGCAAUUCGGUGGCACCAUCGCCCAUACCGUUACUUGCCCGCCAAUGCAGCAGUCGCAGCAGCAUCAGCAAUAUUAGCAACGCCAACGGUAACUCGCAUCAUGCCCAGCAUCAUUCCAGCGCCAGCAAUCGCAGUCCCAGCAACAACAACAAUAACAACAGUUCCGAGAGCACCUCAUCCACAGAGACGCUCAAAUGGCUCGGCUCCAUGAGCGACAUAUCCGAGGCGAGCCAUGCGACGGGCUACAGUGCCAUUGCCGAGUCGGUUUCCUCCUCACAGCUGAUUGUGCACAGCUCCAGGGUGCUGACACCCAAGCGGCAUCAGAGCGAGAGCGUGCUCUAUCUGCACGACAGUGAGGUGACAUCGCCCCAGUCGCCAACAAAGUCGGGCAGCAGCUCCGCUGUUAACAAGCAGAUCUCAGAGGAUGAUGUGCAGCAGCAGCAGCAGCAGCAGCCGUUGCGCGUCCAGCAUCGCCACAGUCCCAGCUAUCCGCCGGUGCACACGUCAAUGGCGCUGCAACGCUUCCAGCAGCAGCAGCCACAAAACUACAAGCUGACAGCACAAAGUUCCUUGCCCGAGCUGGAAUCACCGCUAACGCAGGAGACACGCUCACUGCUCGGUCAGUCGCAAUCCACGGGAGAUCUGCAGCAGCAGCCACAGCAGCCACAGUCACAGCUGCAUCGUCCUGCACAGCAGCACAAGUCGAGCAUAUCGGUGACCAUAUCCAGCAGUGAGGCAGUCGUCACAAUUGCACCACAGCCGCCGCCCAGCAAGCCGCUGCUCAGCAAACUGGAACUCCUCAGCUGCAGUGCACCCAACGUGGCCAGCAGCAGUGCGGAUCACUCGCCGCCUUUGUCAGUGCUUGGCAAUAAUGAUUCCUAUCGCAGCAAUCAUCGCUUAUUCCCUGUAAGCACCUACACGGAGCCAGUGCACAGCAACACCUCGCAGUACGUGCAACAUCCCAAACCGCAGUUCAGUGCCAAUCUGCACAAGUCCGCCAAACUACCUGUGAUAACGCCUGCUGGUGCUGCAGUGCAGCCCGCCUGGCAUUCGGUGGCGGAUCGCAUUAAUGACUUUGAGCGCAGUCAAGUGGCUGAGUCGCCGAAGUUUUCCUAUCUGGAGCCCAGCAAGACACAUCGCUUGUCCAAUCCGGCGCUGAAGGCGUUGCAGAAGAACGCCGUGCAGUCCUACGUGGAGCGACAACAGCAGCAGGCGCACAAGGAGGAACAGCAGCUGUUGCGCUCCCAAUCCCAUUCGCACUCAUAUCAGGCACUACACGUCGAUCGCAAAUCGCUGCCAAACAAUCUGAGUCCACUGCUGGUGGGCAUACCCAGUUCGGCGAGUAGCGUUGGCUCCAGCUCCGGAUGUAGUUCACCAACGCCUCCACCGCCGCCGCCACGCUCCCGCUCGCUGCUGCCCAAUGUGCUGCGACGCUCCAGCUCCGCCUCGGACUACGCCGACUUUCGCGAACAGCAUCAGCUGCAGCAGCAGCAGCAUCCUUCUCAGCAGCUGCAAUCGAAGCCGCCCAGCAUACGCAAUAUAAGCAGCGCCGAGAAGAUUUCGUUUAAUGAUUGCGGAAUGCCGCCGCCACCGCCACCGCCACGUGGUCGUCUAGCCAUGACACCGAGACGCACCUCUUCCGCCACGGAGUAUGCGCCCAUGCGGGAGAAGCUGCUGCUGCAGCAGGCAGCAGCCCUGGCACAUCAGCAACAUCAUCCGCAGCAGCAUCGCAAUGUGCAACUCUAUCAGCAGCAGCCAGUCCAGGCACCGGAGCGUCCGCCCAAGCAUCCGCAUUUGCGUGUUCCGUCGCCAGAUUUACCGCCGCCGCCGCAGGGCGUUGAACUGGACAGCAGUUACACCUUCGAUGAGCCCCUGCCACCGCCGCCGCCGCCGGAAGUGCUGCAGCCACGUGCACCACCAUCGCCCAAUAGACGCAACAGCUUUGCGGGCGCGUCUACUCGCCGGUCUGCCUACGCUGUGACAGCUUCUACGCCAACGCUGGCGCCGAAGGUGCCGCCACAGGUACCCAAAAAGCCAACCAUCUUGCGGCAGCUGCCCCACAAACCGGCGCUAUCUAAUGGCGCCGUCAAGCCCACGAAUCUGCCCACUAACAGCCGCAAGCGUCCGCAUAAUCCGCCGCCCAUCCUGGAGAGCGUUACCAGCGUUGUGCCGCCGCCGCUGAUGCCACGCGCUCGACCCACGCUCGCUGACAGCGUUAUAGCCAACAAUCUGGAGAGCAAUCAGCAGAAGCGAUCGAACUCAAAGGCUUCGUAUCUGCCGCGUCAGAGCCUGGAGAAGCUGAACAACACGGAUCCGGAUCAUGGCAUCUAUAAACUAACUCUCACCUCCAACGAGGAUCUGGUGGCGCACAGCAAGCCCACCUAUGGUGUUGUCACGCCUGGCAAGUUGAAGCUGCCCAACAAUCUGCCCGAUGUCCUACCGCUGGGCGUUAAACUGCAGCAGCAGCCUGCAAAGCCCACUUCGCCUGGAGACAUUGUGGCAUUGCGCUAUGGCUCCAAUAAUAACCUCGCAACGAAAUCGCCAACAAAUGCCACGCCCACAGCUGCAGGCCCAGGCAAUAAUAAUAAUAAUAGCACAGCCUAUGCCAUGAUCUAUGGACAGGUGCCUCAACAGCAGGCACAGCAGCAGCAGCAGCAGCAGCAACGGUAUUCUUCGCCCGCCUUGGGCCCCGCCUACAGAUCGCCAGCGUCUCAAUUUACGCGAUCUCAGUCGUAUGAUGUGAAGCAACAGCAGCUGCAGAGUGAUUGCACGCCGCUCAUGUCCCAGUCACAUGUCGAUCUUAAGCAAGCUGUCCAUGACCUCGAGACGACACUGGAGGAGGAUCUGUUGCCACCGACACCACCGCCGCCGCCGCAUCUCCUAUCGCCGGCACACUCCGACUGCAGCCUGAGCAACAGUUCGCUGGAAUGCAGUCCCGUGAACACAACGAAUCCCGAACCCCACAUCUUUCGCGCCGAGGUGAUUAGCACCACGACGACGACGACAGCGACGCUGCCGAAGCCACCGCCCGUCAAUCGGCAGGAGUCGCUGCGCGAGAAUAUUGAGAAGAUCACACAACUGCAAUCGCAACUCAUGUCCGCUCACCUCUGCGACACUGGACUCCUGGGUAGCUAUCCCACAACAGUCAAACCGUCGAACCCCAGCAGCACAGAGCCGAAACCUCCGCCCAGCCCGCCACCCAGCCAAGAGAUCAUUAAGACAGAGUUGGAAGCAGAAUCAGUGCCUGCAUCCACGCUAGAUGAAAGCGCGGAUAGCCUGAAGCUGAUGCAACGUAGCGAACUGGUGCUGAUUGUGAAUCCCACGCCUAGCACUGUUGACAUGGCCUGCCAGACGGAUGAUCUGCUCGACACGGAAUUGGUGGCAUCUCGCGAAGAACAACAGACACGGACGACACUCCAACCGCGUCAGCGUCAGGUCAUUGAGCUGGAAUACGAGCAUUCGGCAUUGGAGCUGCUCAGGCAGCUGCCGCCUAGCGAUAAGCUCAUCGAAAUCCUAACACCAAAAAGCUGCAAGCCGACGACGCAAUACGUCAACAAUUUGUACAAUCCCAAUGUGCCGCUGCGUCCGGCCAAGCGGGAUGUGGGUACUUCGACGCUGAUGCGCAUGAAAGCAGCGGGCACAACGACAUUAAUAGCUAAAGCAGAGCUGCAGCUGACCAGCGUUGAGCUGCACCUAACAGAUGACACGGGAACGAAUUUAAUCAAGCAGAAGCUGGAUGAGCUGAUUAAGCAGUUGAACCAAAAAAUUGUCGCACUGAAGCGCGAGCAGGAAACAAUUGUCGAGGAGUGCUUCACCAAUGACAAGCUGGGCAGUGAUUUGCUGGCCAAUCUAACGGAGAAGGUGCGUCCCAGCGAAGCGUCCAAGUUCCGCACCUACAUCGAUGAUGUGGGUCACAUAACCAGUCUGUUGCUAUCGCUAUCGGAGCGCCUGGCCCAAACCGAAUCCAGUCUAGAGGCACGCGCAUCCAGCAGCCAGCAGGAGAAGAACACGCUGCAAGCCAAGUGCGAACGUCUCUACGAGCAGCUGGAGGAGGCGCAACGCCUUAAGGCGGAUAUUGAUAGGCGUGGCAGCAGCAUCGCCAAGUUGUUUGGCAAACAUCUCAGCGCCGAUAUGUGCGCCGACUAUGAUUACUUUAUCAAUAUGAAGGCCAAACUCAUUGCCGACGCACGCGAUCUGGCCGACAGGAUUAAAGGCAGCGAGGAGCAGCUGGGCGCGCUCAGCGAUGCGCUAGUCCAAAGCGAUUGCUAAUUAGCCUCGCUACUGAUGCCGUCUACUCAGUUUUCCGUGCUGUCAACUCAAAGUUGAGUGCAUUAUUGUGAGAAUUGGGUGCUGCCUCUGCCGCCGGUCGGGGGAUGUGUAUUAACUUAAAACGAUGUUGUGCUUAAAUACAAACCACACACACUAUAAUGUAUAAAUAUUUUAUGUUCAUUUGUGAUUUUCAAUUAGCAUGUAGGUUAAUAUAUGUAUCAAGCGCAUAUGUGUAAGCAAUUUUUUACAGAAUUAUCAAAAACAAAGAUAAACUAUAUGCAUUAAUAAAAAUUUUAAAACAAUUUA